AGAGAGAGAAUAAAUGUGUAAAGGCUCCAGAGAAAGGAGAGGGACUGAGUGCUUCCCUUAACUCGCCUCCUUUAAUUCUCCUUCAGUAUUUCAGUUGAGUGUGUUUGUCUCCUCUCAGAUAGAGAGAGAUGUGAAAACUCAUGUUUUUAACUGCAGACACUGGACAAGCAGUUAAGGUGAAGACAAUUGUUGUAAACACUGGGUGAGAUGGUGGCUGGCUGGAGUUUUCAGCUGAAGUGAGGGGGAAGGACUCCACAUAGAGGCUUGGUAGAGUAAAUCCAUGGAUGGAAGCUGACUGAUGAGUUUGAGUGGGUGAAAAGGGCAAACAGGUUUAAAGGAGCAUUUCACCCGUGGAAACAUUUAUCUUUAUUGAAAGUGGGUUAUAUAUGUUGUCGAAAUGUAACAUAAAUUUCGAAUUUGGUGCCUAUUUGACCGAGAAAAGAGAGAAAGUGAGUUUAGAGUGCAUUUGUAUGGAAGACAACAACUCCCACAAUGCACAGCUCCGCAAGCCACUCCCACUAAUCCAGAACACCUAUGAGGUAUCCGCCUAUCAGAGAAGUCACUCUUCCGUCUACAAAGCAAGCUCUAUGGGCUAGUUACCACCGGAGCUUGACAUUCAUUUCACACCAAAUUUCUAGUGAAGAGUUAGUUGGCGAACUCGUCAGUGAAUUACUCCUCGUUUGUAUUUCUUUCGAAAUGGUGAAUUAUUGUAUCGUACCGGGAUGUUCAGUCGGAACAUGGAAUGGGAAAGAAGUAAAUUUCCAUCACCUACCGAGAGAUAUAGAGCGAUGCAAACAGUGGCUAAGGGUGAUAAACCACCUGAAGUAUUCAGAACACACACCCAUGGAAAACUUAAAAAGCCUGAGGAUUUGCAGUCUCUGUUUCAAAAACGAAGACUUCGAACUCAAUGUCUUGGGAAUGAAGAAAAUCGCUCUUUUGGAUACCGCAAUUCCGUCGGUGUUUACCUUUCCAGAUGACGCUAAACAGCCUGGAACAUCUGCACCUAGCAGCGCUAAACGCAUUCGCUUGGAGACUGAAACAGUGUCUGCUGCUGCUUUGGUGUCGUCGUCGUCGGAAGAUGAUGAACAACGUUUUCUAACCUCAACACCAAUCAAGACACCUACCCCUGUCCAAGCAGCACAGUUUUUACCAUGCCCAAGUACACCUGGAGACCUCAAUACGAGUGCCAGCAGCAUUGAAGUUGGUGUAACUGACAAAAGCUACCAGCUUGAGUUAACCAUCACCCCCACAACAUCGUCAUCAUCAGAAGAGGAAGGUGGAAAAGACUGGAGUGAAAAGAAGUUAAUUGUCAAUGAAUCUAGCCUCAUGUCACUAUUCAAAUUCUGUCAGAUGUGCGGGAAACCAAUUUCUUCAAAGCACAUUUUUGAUACUGGGGCACAGAGGAAGGUGAAAUGGACUUGUCUUGGGGGCCAUUCGGGGACUUGGACAUCUUCACCUGAUGUUAGAGGAAUGCCGGAGGUGAAUCUCCUUUCUGCCGCAGCUGUUUUGUUCAAGGGUGGAACAUACACAGAACUGUCAGACUGGUGCAAAACCAUGGGUGUCCAAAUGAUUGCACAAACUACAUUUUAAGCCAUCCAGAAGGCGUACUUGCACCCUGCUAUUGAGAACUUGUAUGAGGAGAGGAGAACUGAAGUCUUGGCAAGAGUUUAUUUGGAACAGGAGGAUGGGAAGCGGCCACACUUGGCGGGGGAUGGCAGAUGUGACUCGCCAGGUUUCAAUGCGAAAUACUGUCACUACACGUUUAUGCUAGACGAUACAAAGGAGAUACUCUACACAGAGCUGGUGCAGUCUACAGAGGCCACUAGCUCUGGAGCCAUGGAGCCACUGGGUUUUAGAAGGGGAAUGACAGAGCUUCUGGACUUGGGCCUUGAGGUGGAGGUGAUGAUCACGGACCGCUCCUCAUCAAUACGGAAGAUAAUGAGGGAACAAUAUCCUAAUAUCCAGCACGAAUUUGACAUCUGGCACACAGCCAAAGGUUUCUGGAAUAAAAUACUGACGAAGGGGAAAAAAAAGACACUGCAAUCCUUCUUGCAUGGACCAGGUCAGUGUUGGUUUGUAAUCUUGCAGAAGUUCCAUUGGUUUACAAGGUUGGAAAUUACUCAUUUCAGUAACUUUCACAGGUCUGUCGUAAACCACAUGUGGUAUAGCCACAUGUGGUAUAGCUGUGCCACAAGUAAGGGGGACAUAGAGGCACUGCAAAACUGUUGGAAAUCCAUUACACACCAUGUUUGCAGUGAACACGAGUGGAGAGAUGAUGACGGAAAACAGCAUCGGUGUGAUCAUCCUCCUCUUACCCCCCAGGACCAGAGGAUGCGGAUGUGGAUUGACAAGGACUCAGUGGCAUUGCAGGCCCUGUCGUCUCUGGUCCUAAACGAAAGGCUCUUGAAAGACCUCAACCAGAUCGCACUCUUCAAACAUACUGGGCCACUGGAGAACUUUGAUAGUGCUCUGCUGAAAUACCUCCCCAAGCGGCCGACCUUCUCAUACUAUGGAAUGAGGGAGAGGUGCCACCUUGCCAUCCUCGACCACAAUGAAAACACUGUGAAAAGGAAGCAAGCCACCACAGUGACAGGCUUUGGCUGUCGUUUCCAGUUGACCUUUGGGAUUCUGAAAUAUGUCUCCAGGAAGCCGCUGUCCAUAUGCGGUGCGAAACUUGGAUGCGAGAGCACCGGCACCACCAGUCCGCCCCAGCUCGAGCCAGUCCGGGCUCCGCGUCCACGACAGGCUGGUCCACUGCCUCAGCUGCAGCGGCCUCAGCCGCCUCCUGUUCCUCCAUCAGCCUCAGCUGCUCUUCGCUAUAUUGUGGCUCAUAAAGGGAAAAUGAGGGAAUGA